UUGGAAGUUUGAAAGCGAUGUUUAUUUGAAAAAAUGAUACGACUAGAAACAUUACGUCAGUUUUUCAUUGUUAGUGGUUUGACGAUAUGCAGCAUUUCUGAUGGAUUUAUUUUCGGCCAAAUGUCCGGUAUGGUGAAUGCUUUGAUCGGAAAAGAAGAUGGGAUAGCGCUUAGCGACAACGACGUGUCAUUAAUAGCAUCAUUAAUCAACGUCACAUGCAUUUUCGGCUUUGGUAUGGUCGCCGUCCUCGGAGAGAAGAUUGGUCGAAGACAUACCAUCGCGAUUCUUACCGUACCAGUUCUGAUCAGUUACAUCAUGGUAUAUUUUGGGAAAGAAAAAACGACUUUCUUUAUAUCGAGAAUUAUUGUCGGCGUCAGUUAUGGAGGAGUACUGUUAUUGAUAACCGUAGCUAUGGCGGAGUAUACGAACCCAAACAAUAGAGCAAUAUGUGUUAAUUAUAUAUCAUCUAUAGGACCUUCGAUUGGAACGAUGUUAGGACAUGUUUUAAGUACUUUAUUACAUUGGAGAACGGUGGCAUUAAUAGGACUAAUUCCAACAGGAUUAUCUGCCAUCUUACCAUUGUUUUGGAUUGAAAGUCCGUCGUGGCUCGCAACUAGGGGCAGAUUUGAGGAAUGUAAAGAAGCAUUCAUAUCAAUACGUGGUACGAGCCAAGAAGCUGAAGCUGAACUUCAAUUAUUAAUAGACACCGAAAGAAAAUCCCAAAGCGAAGUUAGAGCGAGUGGAAAAAAUUUUUCUAAAACAAUGGCCUUGUUGAGAAAAGCUUUGAAGCAAAAGUACUUUUGGAAAAUAUAUUCAUUAGCGAUAAUAAUCAACAUUUACAGAAUAGCCGCAGGCAAGUUAUUGUUCAGUACUUUAGCGAUUACAAUGCUCCAAGAAAUUACUGGUACUUCUAAUAUUUUAUUAUCUACUGUAAUAGUUGAUGGCUUUAUUAUUUUGGGGAAUAUACUUUCGUUCUUUGCUUUGAGUAAAAUGAAAAUGAGACCACUUAUGUUUUCGCUAGGCCUAGUAGCAAAUACAAUGCUGUUAAUUUUGAGUGCAUGUUUAUAUUUUAUACCUAAGACUAAUGCGUAUUAUUCUUGGAUAAACGUUUGUCUUUUAGCAUUUUACUUUAUACUAGCUUACACGGGACCAUAUGCUGUAAUAGAUAUUAUUAUAUCAGAAAUCUUUCCGUUAGAUUUAAAGUUAUUUUUCAUGUUAUUUGCUAGUUUUUUAAUAGCAUCUUUAUCAUUUCUCAGUAUAUAUAUAGCGCCGAUAAUGUUCGCAACAAUUGGGUACUCUGGCGUAUUCUUCUUAAAUGCUACAAUAUCGUUUAUAUGUCUAUUGUAUCUAUGGUUUUAUUUACCCGAAACAAAAGGUAGAACGUUACAAGAAAUAGAGUUAUUCUUUAAAAAAGGUAAAUUUUGCGAUUUACAAUCCAAUGAACAAGCCACAGGAUUACUUUGA